AUGUCUUCUACUCCCUUCCCCGAUGAUGCCGAGCGCCUCCAAAAGUACAUUGAGGAUCCCUCCAAGGCUUCCCAAGACACCAUCGCUCGUGCUCGCUUCGCCGCAUCUCGCAUCAUUGCUGGCCAAGACGACCGUCUGCUCGUCAUUGUCGGCCCCUGCUCUAUCCACGACCCUCAGCAGGCUCUUGAAUAUGCGGAUCGCCUCAAGGCAAAGAUCCCAGAGUGGGAUGGUCUUCUCAUUAUCAUGCGUGCAUACUUCGAGAAGCCCCGCACUACUGUUGGCUGGAAAGGACUCAUCAACGACCCCGAGAUUGAUGGCUCGUUCCAAAUUAACAAGGGUAUCCGCAUCGCCCGCCAACUCCUCUGCGACCUCACCAACCGCGGUGUUCCUGUCGGCUCAGAGCUGCUCGAUACCAUCUCUCCCCAGUACCUUGCCGAUCUUAUUUCCUGGGGUGCGAUUGGUGCCCGCACCACCGAGUCCCAGCUCCACCGUGAACUUACAUCCGGUGUUUCGUUCCCGGUCGGCUUCAAGAACGGUACCGACGGCUCCGUCGGCGUCGCUCAAGGGUUGGCCGCCAUUGUCAAGACCCGCGGCAACCAGGACGUCCACGUAAUUCUCCGAGGUGGAACCAAGGGCCCCAACUACUCGGCCGAAUACGUCCAACCCGCCGCCGACGCCAUCCGCAAGGCCCGCCCAGCUAACCACCCCUCGAUCAUGGUCGACUGCUCGCACGGAAACUCGAGCAAGAACCACAACAACCAGCCCAAGGUCUGCGCCGACAUCUGCUCUCAACUCGUUGCUGGCGAGACCUCCAUUACCGGUGUCAUGAUUGAGUCCAAUAUCAACGCCGGCCGCCAAGACGUCCCCGCCGAGGGUCCCUCUGGUCUCAAGUACGGUGUCUCGAUCACUGACGCUUGUAUUGACUGGGAAACCACCGUCGAGACCCUCAACGCUCUCAACGAGGCCGCGAAGCAGCGCCGUGCUGUCCUCAUCGAGCGCCAGUUCGCAAAGAAGGCUUAA